AUGCCAAUAUUCUCCUUUGGUUGCCCCAAGCGAUGGCAUAUCACCGUGAGUUCACCUAGAAACGCGGCAUACCAUAUUCUAAACACUUUAAGAACACCAGGUGUCUUCCAAUGCUGAUCUUGACAAACUCCACGUUUUGUCCGAUCCAACUUAUCAUGGCCCUGAGUAUUUUGUUCUCGAAAAUUAGAGGUCGCUUGCUGUUUCUCGACUCGAUCAAGAUUACCCCAGUAAUCCAAAAUCUCGCAUUGACAUCGAUAUUUGGUUCAUGGCGCAAGCUGCUAGCUUCUGCUUCACUAAUGCCAUACUCUGCCAAAGCUUCUCUGGUGAUGGCCCCUAUCGAUAUCCAUGGGCUCCCACUAAGGCGCUUUUUGAAACGAGUUCAUGGAUCAACAUAGGAGAAACGAACCCGCAGUUGCGGCCCGAAGAGGACUCAAAAUCGGUGGUUAUUCAUCAUACACUUGCGAACAGGGUUGUUGGACUUCUUGGUGCUCGCUUUGGAGCAUAUCUGGCUCAGCUUCCCGAGGAUGUGAAUGAUUGA